CUGUUUGAGCACAACAGAGUGAACGCAAGACAGCACUGAAUCUUCUCGCCUGACUGACUUCGAGAAAAGCUUUCUGACGAGAAUGGAAGAGGUGAUUGGAGACAGGAUGGUUGAGGACGAGAGGAGUUUGAUUAGGACGUCAUCCAAUAAAAGAGAAGAAGUACCCACCUCCUCCGAUCACAUUCCAUCUGUCCAACAUGGCACGCCUUCUUUUGUGUACGUCCUCGCUGCCUUCUCAGCUCUGGGUGGGUUCCUGUUUGGCUAUGACACAGGGGUGGUGUCAGGAGCCAUGCUCCUGCUUAAAAAAGAGAUGAAGCUGAGCUCUCUAUGGCAGGAGCUGCUGGUCUCCAUCACUGUAGGUGCCGCGGCUCUGUCCGCUCUGGCUGGAGGGUAUCUUAACGGGCUCUUUGGCAGGAGAAUCUGCAUACUGCUUGCAAGCUUCAUUUUCUCUGUAGGCGGCAUCAUUCUGAGUGUUGCACCUACUAAAGAAGUUCUUCUGUUGGGAAGGCUUACGGUCGGCCUUGGGUUAGGUAUUGCGUCUAUGACUGUGCCUGUCUACAUCGCUGAGGUUUCUCCUUCUCAGCUCAGAGGUCAGCUGGUCACCAUUAACACUCUGUUUAUCACCGGGGGGCAGUUCAUAGCAAGUAUGGUGGAUGGGGCCUUCAGCUACCUGCCUCAUGACGGAUGGAGGUAUAUGUUGGGUUUGUCGGUGGUUCCUGCUGCACUGCAGUUCGUGGGGUUCCUCUUCCUCCCCGAGAGUCCACGCUGGCUCCUGCAGAAGGGUGAUGCCCAGAACGCCCGGCUUGUGCUCAGUCAGAUUCGUGGAGGUGUGAAUGUGGAUAAUGAGUUUGAGAGCAUGCGCAGCAGUAUUGAGAUGGAGAGAAGUGAUGCUGGAGGUGGUCCAGUGUUGUGGCGUAUCUUAAUGUAUGCUCCUGCACGGCGUGCUCUGAUCUUGGGCUGCGGCCUCCAGAUGUUCCAGCAGCUGUCAGGAAUCAACACCGUCAUGUACUACAGUGCGACCAUAAUACAGAUGUCUGGUGUUCAGAACGAUCAGAUGGCCAUUUGGCUGGCUGCUGCCACGGCCUUCACCAACUUCCUGUUUACUCUAGUUGGGGUCUGGCUGGUGGAGAAGGUGGGCCGCAGGAAGCUUACUCUAGGCAGUAUACUGGGUACAGCUGGAAGUCUGAUGGUGCUCGCUGCUGGUUUCCUGAUCACAGCUCAGGCCUCUCCACCUGUGACCUUUCACCCCAGUGACCCCUCCCUCCACAACUCCACCUGCACUACAUAUGGGUUCUGUGAACCAUGCAUGUUGGAUCCGAAUUGCGGUUUCUGUUACAGUAUGAACGGCACAGCUGUAGUGGAGUCCUCAUGCAUGCCUUUAGAUCCAGUAAACACUGAGACCGCUGCUGCGGGAAGGUGUUCCAAUGGCACACAGGAGAGCACAGGUGCAUUCUGGGCAUAUAACUACUGCCCAACAUCUUAUUCCUGGAUUGUUCUGCUGGGGCUCAUUCUCUAUUUGGCCUUCUUUGCCCCAGGUAUGGGUCCAAUGCCGUGGACAGUGAACUCGGAGAUCUAUCCACUGUGGGCUCGCAGUACAGGAAAUGCCUGCUCCGCUGGAGUCAACUGGACCUGUAACAUCCUUGUGUCUCUCACCUUCCUUCAUGUGGCCCAAUACCUCACUUACUACGGUGCGUUCUUCCUGUACACUGCUCUGGCUCUGCUGGGUUUUGUGUUCGUGUUGGGCUGUUUGCCUGAGACCAAGGGUCUGCGUCUGGAGGAGAUUGAGUCUUUGUUCGGAAGGAAACUCUGCCAUUGUGGCAUGGGUGGUUCAGACACACACUACAUCAGGCCUCGUUUGGAGUUGGGAGCGUUGCAAUAUGGGACAUUGGAACCAGAGGGCAGAAUUGCCUACAUUUCAGUGAGUAACAACAAAAAGAUUAUUUCUUUUUCACUACAAAUUAUCUUCAUUAAUCAGUAUUGUUUUAGAUUUUCAUAUUGUUUUAGAUUUUCAUAUUUAAAGGCACAGUUAUCACAAAAAUGUUAAUUCUAAAAAUGAAAAAACGUAAAAUUCAACCUGUAUGACUUUCAUCUGUGGAACAUAAAAGGAGAAAAUGUGACCGCUGCUUUAAUUCAUACAAUGAAAGUAAAUGGUGACUGCAGCUGUUAAACUCCAAAAAGUCAUUAUUCAUAAAAUAUGCCAUGGAAAAUAUGGUUAUUUUUGGUUCAAAUAUUCCAUAUUUAUAUAUUUAAAAAUGACAUACAUUUGAAUCACAUAAUAGAUUACAUAUUAAUACAAUUAUGCAAUCUAAUUUAUUUAUUGAUGUUAACAUAAUGUAAUGUGUUGCUUGUUGAAUGUUUUUCUGCUGCAGUUGCAGUAAUGAUGCCCUGUAUGUGGACAUGAAGAUUCAUUUAUUUGAGAGUAAUCCAUUUUCAAAUUCAAUAUUCAAAUUGUGACAUUUUAUCAUCAUUUCACAUUAUAAGGGAGAUUCUUUUGUGAUGCACAUUUUAAACUUUAAAAUGUCAUUUUUCUUACAAAUAUCAAAUGUAUCUUCUAACUUCUGUUGAAGAUGUUUUUGUUAAAUUAUUAACUCAAAGAAAAAUAAAAUCUUGUUUGUACAAAUUUGACAAUGGUUGAGGUAGUUAAGCCUACUUUAGGUAGUUUCAUUUUUGUAACUUUUAAGUUUUGGAGUGAAAUACAUUUGCUAAUCCUAAAAAGACUAUGAAGUUGAAAUCGCUGCUGAUACUGUAUAUUGUUUUCCAAACUGUGCAAUGAUGUAUUUGUAAACUCUUAUAUGAAUAAAUGCC